AUGUAUACAGUACAAAUGAAUGAUGUGGAUCUUAAUUGUUUGAAAGAUUCAAAAAAAUUAUCUUCAUUUUCUAUUAGAGUUAUAUCAUUUAAUAUUUGGAAUGAUCAAUUAUCUAUUCCCGGUAUUCUUGAUCUAUCACUUUCAAUAAAUGUAACAAAAAAGCUUUCAGCUGAUAUACAAUUUUCAACAAAAGUCGAACGAAAAUUUGGUUUAGCUUGGAUCGAUCUUCCAUGCUUAGCUGGUAUAGGUGCAUGUGAUAAACAAUCAUUAUGUGAUCUUAUUAAACAAGCAUGUAAAACUAAUGGUUUUAUUCGUAAAAAUAAUCAGAAUACUAAACUUCAUGUUCCUGCGAUCUCGAUAUUGCGUGAGAAGAGUGCUAAACUUGUUAAACCAGUUACAACGGGACAAUAUCGUUUUAAAGUCAUAUUUUUUGAAACUAAAUCAAAAACAACAGUUGGUUGUGUUACUGGUUAUUUAACAUUACUCAAACCAAAGAUUUGA